AUGGUGGUCUUCCAGAACAAGAUCAUCUACAUGCCAGGACUGCCCCCGACUGCAAGGAGCGAGCGCAUUGCUGACUGGUUAAGCCGCUGUGGGGGACUUCAGUGGAGGGAGGAGAGGACCAAGGCUGCUGACGGAACAGAUCUCGCAAUGGCGGUUGCGACGGUGCCGCUGCCGAAGGGGAAUCGGCAGGUAGCCGCGGACGUCGGGAAGUCUGUUGUGGCACAUGUGACACUGUAUGCGAGACUGACGCUGCGGUAG